CUUAGGAAAAAGAAUUGACUUCCUUCUUCCAGUUGGGGACAGGAUGCCCAACUUUGCUCUGGAGGAACUGGGAGCAAAGAUUGUUAAAGAACAGUCUUCAGCAUCCUACCUUUCAGAACAGGCUGGAUUGAAGCUGUGGGGGCUUACAUUGAUACCCGCAAAACCACCCUGUGUAAGCCCAAGAGUCGUUAUUCAGGGUCGAGCACCCAUGGUCCCAGGAGUGUGUUGGAGUUUUGCGGGCUCCCAGGGACAUUUAACAAUUAAGCUGCCACAAAGCAUCGCCAUCAGUCAUGUGACACUGGGUCACAUUUCUAAGAUGGUGUCACCAUAUGGAAAGGUCUCCAGUGCUCCCAGGAUGUUUUCAGUGUUUGGAAAGAGAGCAUUAGACGACAGUGGUGUCCACCUGGGAACAUUCGUCUAUGAUGAAAAUGGAGAUCCACUCCAAACAUUCAGGAUACCCGACGACAAAGUAGAUGUCAUCCGCUACAUUACGCUGCAUGUGUUGAACAACUGGGGCAAUCGCGAGUAUUCCUGUCUGUACAAGUUCCGAGUUCAUGGAAAGCUGGCAUAA